CAGAUUUAAAAUUGAAAAAAAUUAGGGUCUGGUUAAACCUCCUCUUUAUAAACCCUCAUUUACAAGGUUCAAGUCUCUCUCACUUUGCUCCUUGCGUAAAAUUCAUUCAAAUCCGCAUUUUAAAUUCUCUGAAAUCGCCACAAAAAUGGCGCUACCAAAUCAGCAGACAGUUGAUUAUCCGAGUUUCAAACUCGUUAUUGUUGGUGAUGGUGGUACAGGAAAAACUACCUUCGUGAAAAGGCAUCUUACUGGCGAGUUUGAGAAGAAAUAUGAGCCAACUAUUGGUGUGGAAGUUCAUCCUUUGGAUUUUUUCACUAACUGUGGCAAAAUCAGAUUCUACUGCUGGGACACUGCUGGACAAGAGAAGUUUGGUGGGCUUAGAGAUGGAUACUAUAUUCAUGGGCAAUGUGCUAUUAUCAUGUUUGAUGUUACUGCUCGGUUGACUUAUAAGAAUGUUCCUACAUGGCAUAGGGAUCUCUGUCGAGUCUGUGAAAAUAUUCCUAUCGUACUUUGCGGAAACAAGGUUGAUGUGAAAAACAGGCAAGUGAAGGCAAAACAGGUUACCUUCCAUCGCAAGAAGAAUUUGCAAUACUAUGAGAUUUCAGCCAAGAGCAACUACAAUUUUGAGAAGCCUUUUCUGUAUCUAGCAAGAAAACUUGCUGGCGAUCCUAAUCUGCAUUUUGUCGAGUCCCCAGCCCUUGCACCCCCAGAAGUUCAAAUCGACUUGGCCGCACAGCAACUGCACGAAGCUGAGCUUGCUCAAGCAGCCGCUCAACCUCUUCCAGAUGAUGAUGAUGAUGCUUUUGAGUGAAAAAAGCAGAGGUCUGACAAUGAGAUUGGUGGAAGGAAGAAGAAUUAUUUCUAUGGGUUUUGAGGAUGUGAUUUUGUGUCCUUGGACAUGUAAAAGUAUAGACUGAAUUGUUUCUGGGUUAUACUGUUGCCCAUUUGUCUCUGAGAUUUAUAUUUGAUCAUUUUGUGCGGGUUUUCUUUUUGCUGUGUUUAUUCUUCCUUAUCAAGAGUUUUCAUGUUACUCAAAAUCUUUAGGAUGUUAUUGUAGUAAUCCAUAUCUUCUAUAUUUCGGAUGA